AAGAUUUUCUAUUUUUAGAAAACAGAAAUGUUUUUCAACAUUUAGAUUUAGCAAACAAAAAAAAGUGAGAAUACUUUAUUAUAAAUUUGUCAUUUCCUUUACACCACUGAAUACAGGCACAAAUAUCCCCAACCUGACACCCUUUAGAGAGUUGUACCUCCGUCAUAAUCUUUACAGAUUAUGACUUAAUCUGUAAAGAUUAUCAACGAGUUUUUGGUAUAAUUGUAGAUGGAUACCGGGUCUGUCUACAGGCAGAUUUGGUGAACUUCGAUUUAGUUCCCUCUAAAUCUUUUACACACAGUUUACAAACUUCAGUAGGUUUGAUGUCGGAAGCCAUUGCUGAAGAUUAAUGUUAGACUGAUUCCAAAGUCUGUCCUUCAUCAUGGUUCCAAUCUUUCUCCAGCUAGAAAGCCAGACGUUUCAACUCAGACUAUGUUCCUUUGGAUGAAAGAAAGUUGGUUUGAAAGGUCACAAUGCAGGUUUUUUCCUGUGUUUACCCAAACCCAGGACUAGAACCAGCUGGUAGCUGGCUCUGUCUAAAGACCAAUUUGGUAGAAAGGGGGAAAAGAAAAAUGUCCGCCCAAGCACGACAUGAUGCUGGAGGAUGCUGAAACACCAGCGUCUGUUUCCAGAGUAAGGUGAGGCAAAGAAAGAAGUCUCUUCUUCAAACUCUAAACUUUUAAGCUUUGGCGGAUAUGUGCUAUGGUCAGACAAGGCAAAAAUUGAAAAACUGAAAAACGUUUUGAAGAGUCAAAGUAAGAUGUUCAACCAAAAAAGCUGCAUGACAGUUGACUUCAUGCAGUUGAGUUAGAUCAAUAGUCUAACUCCCAAUUCUCCCACUUUAGCUGAGAACAACAGCUAUAAGAGGCUGAAACUUAGACAACACUGGGUUAUUCAGUAGUUAAAUGAAUCCAAAACACACACCAAGCUCGUUUUGGGACGGAUAACUUAUUUUCUUGCUUUUAUGAUUUCUGCCGAAACCCAGAUCAGCACCAGGAAGCCAACUGGAUGAACUACAACAACUCUGCCAAGAAAAGGGAGCAAACAUCCUAAAAUAUAAAAUAUCUCUGUUUCUGAUAAGAGCUCACCUCCUCUUCACAACUAACUGGAUAUGCUUCAGUUUGAAAUCGUCCUCCGAGCUUUUCCAGUGCAAGCACAGCAUCUAAGAAAGUCUUGGACCCUGGUGAGUUUUCACACCAGAGCGCUGAACCGCACCAGGCAAAAACAAGACAUAAGGGGAAUAAAUGAGAUGACUCUAAAAUGUUUUCCGGAUCAGAUUUGGGAGCAGGGAUGAGGGAUCCGCCCAUACCGGAGCUUUGAUGUCGUGUUUGUAGUGUGUUUGCCCAGCAGGUCUGUUCUUCACAAGAGCCGGUAGCCAGACAGACACGCUGGGUUACUGUAAGCAUGCUUAAGACAGGAAACUCUGUAGUCCCAACAAGCCAGUCUGUCCUCUGACUUACCUGAAACACACACACACACACGCACAAAAAAAUCAUACUAGGCGGUUAAAAUAAUAAAUCUGUGCACAUUUAUCUGUUUUGAAGGCGCUCACCUGUAAUGUGCUGGCUCAUGUCACACACUAACGCACAAUGCUCAGGUACGGAGGUGCAGCCGUGGCAGCCAGAAAGGACAAAAGGUGAGUCUUACAGCUCUAUCCACCUUUAAACACCUGAUGUGUUCAAAGUUGAAACGUUGAAGACACUGGAUGAAGCUUCAGUGGAAGAACCAAAUGCAGAUCCAGUCUUUACCUCUCUGGCGUUACGACUUCCCACUGCAAAAUCGCUGCUGACCUGCAGGUGGCAAUAUGAGAAGAUCCCAUCCACACACUGAGGCAAAGUCCCCUCCAUGAUAAUCCCGUCAGCCGGGACGUCCUGAACCAGUGCCAUUGUUGAGUUUUAUGCGCCGUAGGGAUAUGUUUCUGAUUUGAGAAACCCAGGAAGGAAGUGACUCACGGCAUGCUGAAUGAGAGGACGGGGCUCAGAGGGCUCUGUGCGUUUCCUCCUCAAAUGUUUCAGCAGAUGAGAGCAGUAAUGAUGCUUACAGAGAGGAAUCAGAUUACCCAGGAUGUCUGUAACACGCUCUGUUAAAAAUCAGUGGGUCAAAAAUUCAGAACACAAAGAAUCUGAUUUGUUCAACUGGUAAGCGUGACGUCAAAGGAGACGAAAGUUGAAGUUUCCAAGAUGAAAAUUAUUUUAGAACUUCUCCAAAUCAUCUGCUUUGCUCUUGAAUCUGUUACCGCAUAGUUUUAAAUUCCCUCAUUGACAAGUGGACAGUGCAUAGCGGGAUAAUGAAGCAUGAAUUUUUCCUGCACGAUUUUACAAAAUACAAAACCUCUUGAAAACCGCACUGAAGACAGACCAACUCAUUCUGCUUUAUUUCAGUGAGUCGAUGACGAAAAAACAAAAAUACAAUCGGCAGCUUUCAGCAUCAAACCAGGCAUACAUAUUUCAAAGAUGUGCUUGAUAUGUUAUCGUCAUUGCUUGCCUUAAUAUUUACAUUUCCUUUUAAACAUAGUGAGUUUAUGUUUAUGGCAUGAGAUGUGCUCUAUAAGUAAAAUUAAAAUAACUUCAUGCCUUUGAAGUCGACUUCAAAGGCAUGACAGGACUCAGUGUUCCCCCACAAGGUCUGAGGUUUCACACAUUUUACAAGAAAUAUCUUUAAAAAUUAAAUCAAAAACAUAUAUAUUUUAUCUACUCGCCAUCUAAUAAGUUAGAUAGUGUAUUAUUAUUUUUGAUACUUUUUCAAGGAUGGCUUUAUGGUCACUUGUAAUGUGUGUUAAUUGUAAUGUGUCUAUAAACAUGCUUCUGUUCUGAUAAAAAAAUAUAUAUAUUGUAGAAAAUAAAAAGAUGAGACACCAUUUUUGCCCCCAAUCAUUUACUGAAUUUCACCUGAAACUGGUCAACGGUUGAUGCAUACGAGCAAAGAAAUAUGAGUCGCAUGAAACUGAUCUGCAUCAUGAGUUCAGGAUCUGAGCAGCUCAGAGUGUUAAAGGCCAACGAAAUUGGAUCCAUACAGAGGAGUUACAUGUCAACCAGCAGAACUUUAUGACCAGCCGACCUCCGUGAAAAGCUAACUUAGAUUCUGAUUAACAGUCACGGAAAAGGAGGAAGCACUUUGAAUCAUAAUAGCGAGAAUUACAAUUCAACUUUUUCCAGUUUGUCUUUGUUUAGGGAAUAAUUACACAUCGAUCUUUAGUCAUGUGGUUUGUACACUUAAAGUAAUUUUACAACCUGGUGGAGAAUGGAUAACUCAGACCUGUUUAUUUUUCUUUUACUAUGACAGACACAGUAGGCGCAAAAAGGGACGAGCUAAGUCUUAAUUAGGAAUGUGAACAUCUAUGAAUCAGCUUUAAAGAAGACAGACCUUCACUGGUAGAGACCCGUCAGAUGAGAAGACUGAAAGCAGAUAUUCUGUUAUUCAGCUUCACUUCUUCUAAACAGAUGCAUGCCAACUCACCACCGUGGAAUCCUGACACCAGGACGCCUCCCAUUUGCCAUUCUCCAGUUCCCAGCUUCCCCCUCGCCGCUUCAUUCUGACAAACUAAACUGUCUUCAUAUCUGUCAGAACAGCCAUGAGUGACCGGGCCUCCUCUUCUUCUUCUUCGCCCCUGCCCGGAUCAGAGGCAGACGCUGUUUUUCCCUCUUCGCUUGCGUCUGCAGAAUGUUGCGAGGAACACGAGGAGUACCUGUCCUUGUUCUGUCUGGAUGAGUUGGAGCCCUUAUGUAAACACUGUGCAGCUGACAGCCACGCAGGCCACAGGGUGUACCUUUCAGCGGAGGCCGCGAUCGACUGCAAGGAGGAGCUUAAAACAUCACUAACCAGGUUAGACGUGAAGAUUAAAAACUUCGAGGACGCAAUGCAGGCCUGCAGAACGGCAUCCAAGUGCAACCAGACUGAUUCCCACCUCACAGAGGAGAUCGUGAAGGAAGAGUUUGAGAAACUUCAUCGGUUUUUGAGAGAGGAGGAAGCAGCCAGACUUCAUGCGCUGAUGGAGGAGAAGAGCAGGAAGGCUGCGGAGAGGGGAAAACGGCUAAACCAGGUGAUAACAUCCCUGGAGGACAAGAUCCGGCUGACUGAACGGGAGCUCCACUCCGGGGGAGAAGGAUCCGAAUACUUACAGGAAUACCAAGAUACAAUGAGUAGCACAGAGUGCGCUAACACCAAGCCGGAGAGGAUUCACAGGCCUCUAAUCAACGUGGCAAAACACUUAGGCAACCUCCGAUACGCCGUUUGGGAGAAGAUGAAACAAAUCGCCCCCUAUUCUCCGGUGACUCUGGAUCCCAGAACAGCAGGCCGGGCUGUGAGGGCGUCGUCUUCAGAGCUGAGCCGUUUCCAUGUCACCGCUGGACCCUGGCGGAGCGCAGAGCGGCUCGUAAACGAGGCCGAGUCUGAACACCUCCACCCUCAUCCCGGCAUCCUGGCAAGAGAGGGCUUUAGCACCGGGGUGCACUGCUGGGACACGGAGGUUGGGGAGACCGACAGAUGGACAGUGGGUGUAGCUGCUCUGUCAGCGCUGAAAACCACCACAUGUGAAGCAUCUCCAGAAGCCGGACUCUGGUGCAUCAGGCUCAAGGAUGGCGAGUACCUAGCUCUCACGACUCCCACUCAAACCCUCGACGUCGGCAGCUCACGCCACCUCAACAGAGUCCGAGUAAAACUGGACCUCGAAGGAGGGACGGUGACAUUCGUAGAUGCUGACACGGACGCGCCUCUUUUUACCUUCACGCAUUGCUUCACGGGAGCAGUCUAUCCUUACUUUGAGUCGUCGUCUGCAGGUGGAGGUGUUGCAGUGUUGGAACGGAGAGUGAAGAUCAGCGUGGACUCGGAGGAUCGGCCCGCAAAAGGCAACUCUCCCACGGAGAAAGGUACUGCAGCAAAGACAGCGAGAGAGACCGACAGGAAGUCGGUCGAAUUAUGUUGUGCAAAAAAGGAGGAACCAGGAAAACCUGAAGGAAAGGAGAAGACGCCAAGCACCAGAAAUAUUAAGAAGCAGAGCAGAAAGAGCAGGUUUAACGUGAGCUACCAUGUUUCACUGAACAAAGCCCUGAGCAACAACAGCUAGUUUAACGAUAACUUUAUUAAUAAUAAUGGAGAACAAACAUGUAGUUUUAUACCUUUAAUCUAGUUUAUCAGAACAAGAAUCCAGAGAAACCCCUACUAGUUUAUAAAUUAUGGAGUACUUUUUGUUUGCAUUUCCUCUAAUUCAUGUAAAGCACUUUGAAUUGUCUUGUUGCUGAAAAUGUGCUAUAGAAAUAAAAUGUACCUUACCUUACCAUCACUCACCGUGGAAACUUUAAAUAAAUCUAGUUAAGUGCAAACAGUGUGAGAAAUAAAAGAAAAAAAAAAAGAGUUAGACAAAUGUAAUAAAAAAAAUUAUUUAAGAUCAGGUGCAAUAUUUUACAUUGUGGAAAUAUAAUUAGAUUUUUUGUUCUGCAGUAAAACUACCAAAUGAAAUGCAGGUUGUCGGGACAACGGAUGGGUUGCUUUUUCACGUCCGUCAAUACGUUAUGUAUUUUUACUGUUGCAAAAUUCUAUUUUUACACAAACAAAAUUAAAACUUAGUCUAGGUUUUCUUUUUUAUAGUAAAUUACAAGUACAACAUACCUUCUGGUUAAUUGUAUUUAAGUGUUUCAAAAGCUAAUGCAACUCACAGCUGGAGUUUUGCUUUCAGAAGUUAAGCUUUAUAGUAUUGUAUGUAUAGUUUUAACACAACUAUCCUACAGAGUGUCUAGUGUUUAUUUGUGCCUUCUAUCUAAAGAUUUUUAGUUGAUGUAUUUUAAGACUUGUAGAUGCAAGAUGUAAGAAGUUUCUCAAACAUUUUAUAUAGAACAUUUAUUUAAAGAAUCAACAAGGUUUCCAUCGUACAAUGGAGUUUUCUAAAAAAAAAAAAAA